UGAUCAUGACGCAAACCAAGGAGUUUCUUCUAACCUGUGCUGAACCAAUAACUAUCACGAGACACAGCAACACACAAGCAAGCACACAGUCGCCAGCCCCGCGGCCCGCUGGCUUCUUGAUAGUUAUUCGAUCUUAUCACUGCUUAUAAUUAUAGAGCACAAUACGGGAUAGCAACACGACAAUUGACCGAAUCACGCCGGCCGCCGAAUCCGACAAUGGCUGCCCCUCGUUUACUUCAAAAGUCAUCACUGAGCAUAAGCCGCCCGACCAUUUUCCUUAUUCAUCGCACCGCCAUAUCCUCUAUCUCUCGUCGUAGGACCUUCUCGCAAUGCCAAUAUCGCGCCCAGCAACAUUCCGAACGAGAACUACAAGAGCGCCUACAAGCUGCGCGACCCCUCGUCCCACAUCGUGCUGCGCGCAAGUUCACACAAGCGGGCAGUAGUCGCAAUUCGCGUCUCACCGUGAUAGCAACCGUUCUCGCCGCCAUUGGCUUCUACUUCUACAACUCUCAGACUGUGCCGGUCACGGGUCGUCGAAGAUUCAAUUUCCUCUCUGAUUCUAUGGUCGCACGUGCGCAUUCGAAAGCAGCUGCACAGGUCAUUGAGCAGGUCAGAGCGCAGGGUGGUCAUUUUCUAUCAGAAUGGGAUCCAAGGACUAUCUUGGUCAGGAGGGUAAUGAAGAAGUUGAUCCCCGUGAGCGGCAUGGCGGACCUCAAUUGGGAGAUAUUUGUGAUAGCUGAUAAUGGAACAGCAAACGCCUUUGUCCUCCCUGGAGGUAAAGUGUUUGUGCAUAGUGGUAUUAUCAACGUCUGCCGCAGUGAGGAUGCCCUCGCAGCAGUACUAGGGCACGAGAUCGCGCAUAAUACAGCCUCUCACGCAGCAGAGCGCCUCUCUGCUGCAUGGGUAGGAAAUCUUACGGCCGGAAGCUUGUUCUUCCUCGCUGGAGCUCUGCCUGGGCUUGCGCUCUUUGGACUUUGGAAUGUCGUGGGAGGAUAUUACCUACAAGAUCUACUCUUCUACCUUCCCAUGGGUCGCAAGCAGGAAAGUGAGGCAGACUACAUCGGCCUAAUGAUGAUGGCCGAAGCCUGUUAUGACCCCCGUGCAGCUUUGGGCUUCUGGCAGCGAAUGCACGCGCUUCAGCAUGCCAGCGGAGAAGAAGCCCCAGAAAUGCUGAGCACUCAUCCAUCCAACGAGAAUCGUAUUGUCAAGAUUAGUGAAUGGCUGCCAAAGGCUCUUGAGAAGCGAGCGGAGAGUGAUUGCCGUGGAACAGCAGCGUUUGCGGACCGAUUCCGUGACGCGAUCCGAAGGAGAUCUACUACAGUUGUCGUAUAAUAAGCUGACCAGACUUGAUGAGUCAACGAAUAAAGGGUAUAGAGAAGCGGCGUACUUGUACUACAAAUGACCUUGAGUUUUGGUUUAGAAAGCAUUUUCUCAGUUUCUACAAAUAAUCUGGAUUUAUGCAUCAGCAAUCUGUUACAGUAGAUAUAGGUAGCUCAUCCCGGCUCUAAUAGGGCCGGCCAUCUUGAGAAUGAGUAAUAGGUGCCGAUGAGACCAACUGGGGCUUCAAAUCGCGUGCUUCC